CCCUCUUCUUCCCUUUUUCCCUUUUUCUUUCGUCGUUUCGUUUUCUCCCCUCCCUCCUUGUUUUCGUUUAGUUUUUCUUCUCUCAUUAACAGUAUCGCGUUAUCAUAUCCUCCAGGACCAGCGCCUAUUUCAGAGUUUUUAUUUAAACAUUCUUAUCCGCGCGCAUGUCUCCGCUCUGCUCCGAAAUCCUUCUUUAUCCUUUUUGCGCAAAGAAGAAAAAAAUGCCGCGAAAAAUCGUGCGUCGUUCGUUAUCGUGUGACAGUGACAGUGUGCUCGUGUCUGAGGUGUGACAACGAUAAGAGCCCCCUUCCACGGUUAUGAUAAAGAGUUAAUCCGUCGCGCAGGGAUACGAAGAUUGACGAAACAGAAUUUUCGCGACUUUUUCCGGAAUUUUCGUGUAUUCGGUAGUAACGGGUUCAUAAAUGCAUGUAUGCACGCUUCUUUCAGCAAGAAUUGCACUCGCUGCAAAAACUGCAGCCCGUUUGUUCUGUUCUUUCGUGUCGCAAAGUUACACAGAGUCUGCGCUUCAUCUUUUAUUCCCGUUUUCCGUUACGCAUUUCGCGUUACAUCGGCGACUUAUAUGAUUUUCAAAUAAAUCCCAAAAAGUGCGCGCAAAUAUCGUUAUCAUUGACAAAGUUCUUUCGCCGCGACGCUUUUCACGGUAUAUGCAUUUCUAUGCAUACAUGAGCAGCUACUGCGAACAAUAGACGUCGAGUGUCGCAAACGGAUAAAGUGCGUCCUUAAAAGAAGAACGGUGCACAGCAAACCAGCAUGGAGUCAAUGGAAAAAGUCUUCGAUAGCAAUAUCUCGGAAACAGAUGCGCGACAUAAUCAGAAUCUGCUUAAAGCAGACGGGAAAGGAGCGAAUGCGGGAAACGUGCAAGUUUUCUCGGUUGAUAAAGUUACCGUUGAAAAGAUUGUCCUUGAGUCUUCGAACGGUUCGCGAGAAGUACUGCUGACGAAGAACGAGUCUUCGAGGAAAUUCUCUCUGAGUUCUGAGACAAAGUCGAAUGUUAUCGAACGAGCGAAAGACGACCGACAGAAAUCGACGAGUAACGACGUAUUCCCGAUACCGGAAGAUGCGUUCACGUAUUCAAAACCAAAAGACGCUAAUUUUAAGACCAUCAUUCUUGAUAGACAAUCAAAACUUCCUAUUCCGAAGAGUCGAAAGAGUGACGGUGUUAGUUUUCCAAACGAAGAAAGCAGGAUCAAACCGAUUAAAUUCACUAAAAACCCAUCUAUCGGUAGCAUUGUGAUUGACGGUUUAAAUUCGACAAAUAUAAUCGCCAAGAGGAAUAAAGUGCCGCCAAAAGUCCCGAAGAAAACUGCGAUCAAGAAAGAAAAUAAUUCAUCUUUGAUAGUGACUUCAGUCUCUUCUACGAAGAAAUUUUCGGAAGAUUUAUUCACGAAUCGGGAAAAAGUUGUUGACAAAAUACUGACUACGAUUAAACAAGAACAAUCGGGUGAACAUAAACUUUUCGAGACUGAAGACGUUAAAAAUGAUAAUGAUAUAAAUUGCGUUGAAUUUGAGAAAUAUAAUGAGAUAUCUAAAAUUGCGAACGUACAGUGCAAUAAAUUAAAAGACAAGAUCGAAAAGCAGGACGGCUCAAUAAGCAUCAAAAACCAGGAAAAAAGCGCGAAAAGUGACAGUGACGCGCAGAGUUAUCUGGAAAAAAGUCAGACGAUUAUCGAAGAUCUUCAAAAAAAUCUAAGCACCAGGAUUCACGCUAGUACCGCGCAAAGUUAUAAAGAAAAGCUGGUGGGUUUUCAGGCAAAUUAUACUCCGGGAUCGUCGGUUACCGCAGAGUCAAGUGGCAGCGAGAGAUUAAGUUCCGGAUUCGACAAGGAUUUUCUCGAGAAGCAUAAUCUGGAUAAGCGAUUGAACAUCGAGGAGAAGAGACUGUUGGAAACCGAUCUCGAUUACACGUCCGACAACGAUAGAACUAGCGAAAUUGAAGAUCAACCGCCGCGCAAAAUCGACAUCAGACGAAAAUAUAGCGACAAAGUAACGGAGGUAGAGAAGAGAUGGUCCGGAGAAUUUUUAGAGAACCGUUUGCAACGUAACUCCUCGGAAUCUUCGAAAUCAUCUUACAUUGAAGAGUUUGAUAGCGUGUCCUCACGCGAGAGCAUCGUCGAGGAUCGCGACGGCCGGUUAUUUUUUGGCCAAAAGCAUCCGGAAAAGUUGACGGAGAGGCAAACGUCGAUCGAUGAAUCGAAGAUACGAACUUUAGAGGAAAUUCUUGAGAACAGUACUGUGAGCACUGUCGACUCUGACUCGUGCUUGGAGGAUAGAAUCAAGGCUGUCGAUGAGGACAUUGCUCACGUGACGAAUGAUAAUGACGAUAUCGAUGGAUUUGAUCAAGCUUACGGUAACGAAGAAGUGAAAGAUUGCAUUCAAUGGAAUGAAGAAGUAAAUACAAUUCUCACGACAACGGCGGUAAACUGUGAAAAGAAAAAUCAAAAUUUGAAAGAAGAGAAAAACAUUAAUGACACAACAGGCGUCAAUAAUUAUAACGAUACAAAUUCGAAUCGAGUGAAAAAUAAUUAUGAAAAGAAUAUUAAUGUGGUAAAAAAAGAGAAACAUUUAAUUGAACAAAAAAACGAUAAGACAUUUUUUCAUUCCUUUACGGUGAUUAAUUCAAAGGAGUCUACCGAUUCGACCUUCGUGCUCCGAGAUCAUCGCAAUAAAGACGGUUACGCUAAUCUUAUAAAAGAAUUCGCUAUGGAGCCGGGAUCAUCCAAGAUGAUGAAGAAAGAGGAGAAGCAAAAGAAGAAGCUCGGUUUUCGACGUCUUUUACCGGCCAUUUUUUCGCCGAAACAUUCUCGAAAGGAUUAUAAGAAAAAGGAGCAGAAGGAACGAAAAAGAUACGACGAGCGGCAUUUCGCUCGUUAUCAGCAAAAUGGAAAUUACACGAGAUCACCGGACACGAUGAAUCUAAAUGAAGAUAUCAAGAAAAACGUCAAACUGGAUAACAGCUUGAACGGUUCCAUCAUCGAUGAGAGGUUGGACGAGAUCAAGCGCGAAUUGUUUCCCGAACAGGGGCCGAUCACCAGUACACCCGAUCACUUUCUGCAAACGGACGAUACGCGACUUCUUUGCGACAGAACAAAAAAUCAGAGAUCGUAUACUGCCGAUUCAAGUCUCAGCUCAAUCGCGCCGGACGAGAGAUGGAUAGAGCGUGGCGGACAAUUUGUUAUCUCGCCUGACAUUAGAAAAUAUGAGCAGAGGCAGAAACGCGAAGAACACGACGGUCGACGAUACAACUACCUGGAACGCAAGCACAGUUUACAGGAAUCGAAUCAUGGCAGUCGUAAUUAUGUCUUCCAAAGAAAUCACGGACCUUCCGGUAGAAUUUCGGCGCCGCUCAAUGAACGAUAUUUACGACCUCGAGCUGUUUUUCUUGUCGAUAGACCGCUGCCUGAAAUACCACAGUCACGAUUAGAACUGUCAAACUACGAAAAUUAUCAGGAUGGCAUCGGUCAACUAUGCGACGAUCUCAGUAGCGUGGAUGUUGUUGAUAACAAAAAUUACCAGAAUCAAUCCGAACUUUAUCAGAAUGAUAGCAAUCUUGAGGCGGGUUUACUCAACACCCCGCAAUCGGUUCCCGCGCAAGUUAAGAUUACUCGACAAUCAAUCGUAAAUCAGACUCAGAAAGCGCCUUUGAUUGGAAGAACUUCCAAGUAUCCAUCGUCUGGUUCCAGCCAAAAGUCCGGCGAUUACGCCGAUUCGAGUUGCACGCCUAAUUCGAGUCAAAAGAGCGAGUUUUCGCCUUCUAGCUCGAAGAGCGGUGAGUAUUAUUUGAACUCGCCUCGCAGCAGCGCCCGAACUUCUCCUACCGAACGAUCAACCUUCGAAGACGGGCGAGAAAGAAUUUACGAGAACGAAGCUCAACCGGUAAUUUCCCAGUCAUCCAUUAAUUACGCUGAAGAACACGUUUACGACGAAACUCCAUCACCGUGUCGUGAGAAACAUUUUUCAAGCACGAAAGCAUCAGAUCAUAUGGGAGAGAAUUCGCCGGAGAAGAAAGACAAUCUAAUUUACGAAGAAAAAUGUUCAUCGAAUCGACAAUCGCCCUUAAAGAAUUGCUCUUUCCAACAUUCUUUCGAAGAUGAUGAAAAUAUGCAAGCGGAAUCAAAACGAGAGAUCGAAAAAUCACGUGAGAAUUGCUUAAAAAGUCACGAGACACAAUUUGAUACACAUUCGAAGAACGAUUCAACAGCGGUCAGCCAAACUGAAAGAACAUCCAUUCAGAACGUAUCGCCGUCGAAACAUGGAAUGACAAUAGUGACGUCUCCGUCGGCGGGAUCUCGAGCCAGGAGAUCACAACCAAACGAUCAAAUCUUGAUAGCCUCGCCCAAGAGAGAAACCAUCUGUCAGUCUCGAGUUUCUCGGCCAUCGAACGAGACGAGGCUUUGCGACGCGGAAUCGCCCAUUCCCAUAGCGGAUUCGCGCGAGGGUAUCUCUGGCAUCGUUCCAAUUGAAGUGCGACAUCAGUACGGUAGCCAGAAUUCUUCCGCCACAGGAAUGAGGAGAUCUAUUGAGCAAAAAACUAUAUCGUCUUUUGGCUUCUCGAAAAGCAUUUCACGUCCCGAGCCGAUUUAUGGACACCGCAGACAACAGACUUUUCAUAAGAGCGACACAACGACCUUGGAGACGAAGGAAGAUAAACGCGAGAACGAUCAGCUGCCACCAGAUCCGUACAGCUCGACCGAAUCAUGCCGCGACGUCGACGAGAGAAUAGCUCGAUUUCAAGGUCAGAAUUUGGAAUCGCAAAAUUUACAGUCGUGUUUCUCGGAAGCUAAGCAAAUAUCCGAUGAAUCUGGAAGAAGAGCGGUUCAAUCUCCUACACGCGAAUCGACGCAAAACUUUUAUCAACAAUCAUCACCGACGGCGAAUCAAGACAAGAGAUACACGAGUGCGAAUGCACUUCAGCAUGAAUCGAUUUACGAGCAACGUCAACGACAGUAUCAAUCGCGACGAGGACAAGAGCCUUUGUACGCUCAACGAAUCGCCGACGCGAUGAGCGGUCAACAAAGUCAUUCGACAUACAUGCUAUUGUCACCCUCGAAACAGGAGACUAGGCAACACCUGAAAGCAUUUUAUUGGCAGCAAAAAGCAUUGGAAGCACAUCGGAAAUCGGCAAUUUCAUCGGCGAAUUCCGGCCCAAAGCAGAUCGCGCCGAAAAUCGAUCUACCGGAAAUGAGAGAAGCGGUGUAUUGGCAACAAUUGAAGAGACUGGACGAAGAGCAACAGCGGCGAAUCUACGAGCGGAAUGCGAUGGAGGAUAGGCUAUAUGGAACAUACAAUAAGACGAGAACGAGAAGUCCCGUGGCGACCUUGAUAUCACCUAAUGCGAAUCAGACGUUUAAUUCUAAAGCUGCGAUGACACCUGUUCUCAUUCACGGCGACAGAUCGUACUGGAGCAACGUGCAGCAACGUCUCAAGAUGAGUCCGACCGGAAAACUGCCAUUAAUGCAAACUCAAAAGGGCCAGAAUCAACCGGUGCUGAUAGUUCGACCGCAGCAAGCGCUACAAGAUCGUCAGGAGAUGUCGAUGAAAUCUAUAAAUCCGCGCGAUCCCGCGGGAUAUGACGCGCAAAGAUCCAAGAGCGCCUCUCCGCACUUUCACAGAGGCGAUAUCGAGCGUGCCAGUUUCAACGUGACAUGCGGAAGGCCAACCACGAACGAAACAACCGGCAUCUCGGCGUCCCCGAGGAAACCGGAAGCCAGCGAGAUUCACGAGGAAAACGGCAACGACGGCAACGACGGCAACGAAGACAAACCUCGACCGCCGCAUCCGAUAUUUAAGAGGGGAAGCCUCAUAGGAGGAGAAUCAGUCGAGUACGGUAGUACAGGGCCCAAGAGAGUCAGCUUCUCCAAUCAACCGAAAAUCGGACCGGAUUUAGCGACGGGUAGCUGGCCAACCAAGCAUGGCACGGCACCUGAACCGCCCACUAGGCGACACAAAAGCGAAAACAGCGCCUCGGAUAUCGACUCGGUAUAUUUGCAUCAAGAUGGACGCGAUGCAAAUCAGGACGUUGCUUUGUACGGUACUCGCAUAGCGGAUCUGACUCUUCGCUCGAACAGCAGUCGGCCGCAACGAGAGUACGACGCUAACAGACCUCUGCCUCCUCCGCCCAAGGAUCCCCACGUAAUCUCUCGCCGUGAAAAUAGUGCUAAGAAUCACGUCUGCAACGAGGUGUCGACGGUCCGAUGGAACAGCGAGGAACCACGCGGCUGUCAACGACGGCAGGAAGAAGAGUGGAAUCCAGAUGGCAAGGGGCGACAGUCCAAUGAUACCGGGGGGUCCGUCAGGGGGGAGAUUGAACCUGGCUCAAACGAACUCACACCUGGCAGACGGGCAGGCAGUGCUGGCGGGGGCAGCGUCGGCAGCGGUGGCGUCUUGGGGGUCGGUGUCGGCGCUGGCGGGGGUGGCUCGGGGAGCCGAGGUUCCUCCGGCGGUGGUGGCCGCUCGAGGGACGAGCCUAGAAGGCACACCCUCGGCGGCGAUCAUCAACCGUCCCUUCAUCAUCAGCAAUUCAACGCAGCGCAGCAGCUGCAUCCCCUACACCCACAUCAUUUGCCGCCACCACACGGCCAAUACGGCACCCCGCCAUCACGACACACCACUAUGGAUCUCGAGGUGAAUCUUUGCUCGCGCAACAUGUAAAUACACAUAUAUUUAAUUGUUUGCGAUGAUUUUUCGUAAUCUCGAUUUGUUUCCUUCCUCUUAUCCUUUAUUGACAUUUAUUCUAUGAAUGUGUAGAAUCUCGAUCAAUUGGCAUAAUUAGAGAUAUUAUGUAAUCGUAUUAUUUAUUUUGAGUGAUUU